AUGGCAAUGGUGCGAGCCUCCAAAAACAUUGUUUCUAAUGUUAGAGAAUUAAAACCCCGUAAAGAUACGUCGCGUAUUGAAGUUAGGAUUGUUCGGUUGUGGAGAAACUAUAACAAAGAAUCAGGAAACACCAUUGAAAUGGUUUUUGUUGAUAAAGAAGGGACAAGAAUUCAUGCUUCAGUUGGUGAACAACUCAUCAAAAAAUUCGAUGACAAGCUAUGCGAGGGAGAUGCGAUUGUCGUCCAGUUGUUCAAAGUGCACGAUGCUAUUGAUGAAUACCGUACAACGCCACAUCCGUACAAAAUUGGCUUCUUUCAAACAACAUUUGUUGGAAAAGCUGAUGAUUUUCCAAGUGCAGUUCCCAAAAAAUAUUUCGCGGACUUCUCCGAUAUUCUUGGUGGAAAUCUUGAUCAUAGCUGUUUGGUUGAUGUGGUUGGCCAAAUAGUUAACUUCGGAUCUCUGGAAAACAAAAUAAUAAAAGGAAAGGAUAACAUGAGGCUCUUGAUUGAGUUGCGUGACCCAAAUAAUGUGAAGAUGAUGUGUACUCUGUGGGGUUGUUAUGCUAAACAAGUAUACGAUUACAGUAGGAGUAACAUGUCCACCAUGAUUAUUUGUGAUAUCAGAUUCUGUUCUGUUAAAGAGUGGAAAAGUGCUUACUCCAUAUCUAGCGGGUAUAAUUCAACCCAUAUCCUGCUCAACCCAACACUCGAUUUUAUUGAGGAGUUCAAAGCAAGUCUUCCUGAUGAUUCACUUGCUCUUACAAACAACGAUAGUAGCCAAUGGUCUGUUGGUACUGCUACAUCUAUUCGUGCCAGGUUUUUUGUUCUUAAUGAGAGGCUGGCCAUAAGAGAGAUCAUUGAUAGUACUCUGGUUGGCACUUUUGUCACUCUGGGGACUAUAGAAACAAUCCCUGUUCGAAAACGCGGCCAAAUCGGACGAUUACGCGCCACCGAGGCGCUUGGCGGUGGUGGGCCGUGGCGAUUCCGCCAUAGUCGGUUCAAAUUAAUUGCUCAUGUUAAGGACGACAGCGGUGAGACUAAUUUUCUUUUGUUUGAUGCUAAUGCUCAACAAAUUGUGCGUCAUUCUACCGCUGAACUCUAUGACGAGAAAGAAGAUGAAGACUUCUUACCAAAAGCAGUUAGCGAUCUCUUUGGUAAGAGAGUCCUUUUUGAGAUUUCAGUUGAUGCUGAUAACAUC